UGGUUUUUCGCAUAUGUUAGCAGCAGAACCAAAGGCAAGAAAUUGUUUAAAAUCUUUCCCAGGGUUGGGGAGAUUUGGGCAUUGUAUAAGGAUUGGAAUGCUGAAAUUUCUUGUUCAGACCUUAAAAAGGAGAAGUAUGAAAUAGUCCAAGUACUUGAAUAUAAUGAGCGCUGCAUCAAAAUUGCAACUUUGGCUCGUCAGAAGGGUUUCAAGUCCGUUUUUGGGGCUCCAAGAAGACUAAGGUCAGGUACAUGUGAAAUGGAGAUACCCCAUUUUGAGUUAGCAAGAUUCUCUCACCAGAUCCCUGCUUUUAAUGUCACAGAAGAGAAAGACCACCGCCUGAGCAACUGUUGGGAGCUUGAUCCUGCAGCAAUUCCAGAUUUCUGUGCUUGAUUUACUGGGAAAAAGACCCCUCAGUCAACAACUCAUUCAACUUGGCCUUCUUGGUGAUGGAUGAGGGUGUGCCUUGCAAUUUGACCAACAUAAACAUGGUGAAACAAUGUUCUGUACACUGCAACCGACUCUGCCAAAUUUUUGGAGUAAUUGUUACCUUGUUUUGGCUGCAACACUUAGAUUUUGGAGAUAUGUUAUUUACUUGCACAACUCCUUGAAUUGCAUAUUCUCUCAUUAGUGAGCACGAACAAGGAUUGUUGGUAAGCCUUGGUUUAUUGUAACCUUUUUCCGAGGGAAUGUGCUAUUUUCGAUGGUCACAAAGGGAGUAGCUUUAAAUUGUGAUGACUGCAGAUUAGAUUAGGAUAGCUUGUCUAUUCACACCUGUUUGUCCUUUGGCCAUUUUGUACGUUGGUAUUAUUUUCUUCAAUUGGACGUAUCCUAGCCUUAAAUUACAUGAUACUGGGUACAUUGGGAGCAACAAGGUUGAUGCUUGUGCCUUUUUUGCAAGCAUAAGCCACAUUGGUAGACACCUCUGUUUACUUUGGAGAAAUCUCGGCAUUGCAUUGUUGCCAAAACGCCAUAUGUUUUAGCCAA